CAAACAACAUCCAUUCGCUGAGCGGCUUUCGCUGUUGAAUGAGCUGUUUUGCUGCUUUCGUGGAACGACGGCCGCCGGUUCGUCGCGUAUCUUUGAGAUACAAUACCUAAAUCGAAUCGAAUUUUGAAUUGCAGCUGUCGUUGUUGCGCGCGUGUUGUUGGUGGAAAGUGUGGAAUUAUAAGCAUUAUAACUCGUGUGGAAGUGUGAAAGUGAAAUAGUUGCACCGAGAGCGACGCAAUUAGAUGAAAAUAUAGUUUACUCACGCUCUGUAUCGCCGCAUCUUUGUAUCUAUUUUGCGAGCCCGCUUCAACAAGUAAACCAACAUAAAUUAAAAAUCAGUGGAGUGGAAGGCGCGUCCUUGAGCUACCCAAUUUAAACACCUGUUUUAGAACGAGAUACAGAUAUUCUAUAGCGAUUUGAGCCACCGAAAGAUUUAGCCAAAGCCUGUUAGAAAGAGAAGGGCGGCGAGAGGAGGAGAGAGAUGAAUAAUUUCACAACCACAACAGCAGCCGCACCACCAAAGGAAGCGCUACCCCGAUCAGGACAUGUUAAUGAGGUGUGCAAGGAGUGGCUCGUGCGUGAGGAUGGCGCUCUGGCCUAUAAGCUUCAGUCCCAAGAGAUUAAUGACUUCUACAAGGGAAAUCGGUACAGAAACGCAGUGGUUCGCGAGGACUUCCCAACAGCCCUGCACGAACAAAUCAAGGAGAAGGAGCAGGCACAGCGAAGAGUGGAUGCCUACAGAAGACGUCUGACAGAACAGGAGGAGCAUGACAAGCGAGUGGCCAAAGAAAUAGCUGACAAACUGGAGCGUGAUCUGCAGGAGCAGCAGCAAAAGGAGCUGAUGCAAAGCGAGUUAAUUGCCAAGCAAAUGCAGGAAAUCUAUGUUAAUUUGCCGCCCGUACCGCCGCCAGUCACACGGGACAAGAGUCGUCCGCCGCCCCGUCCCGCCAAAGCAAGUAUACACCUGCAACAGCAGCAGCAGACACAACAGACACAGUCGACACAGCAGCAACAUCAGCCAGAGCCGAGCACCUCACAGCAGGCUAGAUAUCACAGUCAGCUGCAGCAGCAGCAGCAGCAACCGUUGCAGCUGCAGCAGCAACACUUCUCACAAACAGACAACUAUGUAGGAUUAUCGCUUAUACCAAAUAUUGUUGACUUGCCGGGGGCAGCAGCAGCAUGCACCACUCCCAGUAGAAAUGCCCAGGCACAAAAUCAGCUGUUGGUGAGUGAUGUGUUAUCAUCGCCACAGCAGCAGCAACAUCACUCACGUUUUCACCACGCACAGCAGCCGCCGCAGCAGCAGCAACAUCAAUCAUCAUCGCCGGCACGUCGGGCACGGGCACCAACAAAUGCCACCACAUCUGCAACAACUAACAUGCCCAGCACUUCAUCCAUAACUCAGCACACACCCACACACACCGCACACCCGGCUGACAUCGAUGAGCUUGUGGACUAUGCCGAUGUUGCUGACAGCAUUCGCGACUACAACAUCGCUGCCACGAGCGCGGCAGCAACAUCGGCCAGCGUUGUCGAUGCAGCUGCAACAUCACUGCAGAAACAACGCUCCCCGUCACACGAAAAUCUCCUAAGAACAGAACCGAAAUUUCAGAAAUUGUCACCCGAGAAAUACGAUCAACUUGUGGGCAAUUUCGGUUUGGGAUCAGGAUCUGUAUCGGGAUUGGGAUCGGGAUCGGGAUCGGCCAAGGCAGCUGAGAGACACAUGCAGCAACAUGCCGACGACAUUGAGCUCUAUGUGGAUCCCUGCGACUAUGCGAGUCUGCGGGAGAUCGGACUGCCGCUGGAGGAGAUUCAGGAGAUGAGCAAGAAGCUGAAGCAGGAGCAGAAAGAUGAGUUGCUGGCUCGCCGUCUGCAGGCCAUUGAAUCGAAGGACUGUGUGCGUCAGGAGCACAGGGAUCGCCUGCUGGCCAUUGAGGCACAGGACAAGGAAUUGGCGAAAAUGCUGCAGGAUAGGGAAAAGGCCAAAGCCAAGAGGGCCAAGGAGAAAGCUCGUCUGCGAAAAACUCAGCAGAAGGAAGCCGCAGAGGCUGCCAAUGGAAACGGUAGUCUGCUUUGUGGCACCAAUUCCCACUGCGGUCCACUGCUACCACUGCCCCCGGAUUGCCUUUCCAGCAAUGGCAAUCAGUCGCAGGCCGACAUCGAUGUGGAGGCCUACUCCAAUCCCAUAGACGUGCUCAACAGUAGUCGUGAACAGCGGCCCCACAACGGACCUUUGACCAAUGGCAGCCUGACCAGAGAUGGGGGCUCGAGCUCCAAUCACAGUUCCAUGCAGAGGCAACAAAGGAACAUGGUGCCCAUAAGGGGCGAAGAUGAUAUCUACACACUGCCCGUGGACAGUUGUAGGCCAGGUCCAAGGCCUCUUUCAUUGCACGUGACGGAGGCAAUGCCACCAGUUCAAAACCACAACUCCAUGACUAGAUCCGAGCAUUAUGGAUCAGAAGCCGGAUCCCACGACAGCUCGCAUCAGAGUGGCCAAGACGUGUCGCCACACAUGAAGUACUCCAAGUCCGGCAAUUUCGGUAUAUAUAUCAAAGUGCCAGUCCCACGCCGCCUUACAUGCCAAUUCAAGGUACUCGAAGAUCAAAUUCAAGUGAAGAUCGUAAAAAGAAGUCCAAGGACAAGUGCACGCAUCAGUGAACCAUAAUCACCUAUUCAUUACCAUGCCUAUAUCCAUACAAAAGUUUUGUACUCUCUUGACAAUGAAAUUGUUCAGAUCAAAAUCAUAACUUGACUUUUAUCGAUUUA